AUGGACUUCUCAUCCGUUCCCCUGCGUAUGCAGAUUGAACGAGAUGCUGGCACCAGGCUGAAGAUCAUCGUUGUGGGCGCCGGGCUCGGCGGACUCGCAACGGCAAUCUCAUGCCGGCUUGCUGGCCACGAAGUCACCGUCCUCGAAUCCGCGGCCGAAAUGGGCGAGAUCGGGGCCGGUCUCCAGACGCUGGCGAACUCGUCCCGAGUUCUCGCCUCGUGGGGGAUGGGUGAACAACUCAGCCGAUGUGCGACGACGCCCCGGCUCUGCAACAUGAUCGCCUGGCGAGGCGAGACCAUCUCGACGUGGGACAUCCACAAGUCGACACGCGAGGAAUGGGGCAGUCCGUACUGGGAUCUGCAUCGCGUCAGUCUGCACCAAUGUCUCUGGGAUCGGGCGGUGGAACUGGGUGCCGAAGUGCGGGCAAAUUCGCGAGUGACCGACGUCAAGGUCGCAGCGGACGGAAGCUAUGCGACGGUCGUGGUGCGACAAGGCGAGCAAGACGCCGGCAUCUCGAUGGACGCGGAUCUCGUCGUCGGUGCAGACGGCGUCAGAAGCCACUGUCGGAAUCUUCUGGUGGGGAGAGAUGACCCCCCGGCCAAGUCUGGCGACAUGGCGUACAGAGUUCUCCUCAACACCGACGACAUGCUCAAGGAUCCCGAACUGAGAGAUUUCGUACUGGAUCCGCAGGUCAACUACUGGAUCGGACCGGAAUGUCACGUCGUCUCGUACGUCCUGCGAGGGGGCAAGCAGUUCAAUAUGGUCCUCCUGGUGCCCGAUGACAUUCCAGAGGACGUCGUCACGCAGGAGGGGAACGUCGAAGUGAUGCAAGCUUUGUUCAAAGAUUGGGACCCGAGAGUCCGCAAGAUCCUGUCGACCUGCUCACAAGUCAAGAAAUGGCGCCUCUGCACGCGAACGCCCACCCCGAGCUCCCCGUCCUGGUACCACCCGAGCGGGACAUUCGUGCUGCUCGGCGACUCGGUGCACGCCACGCUGCCCUACCUCGCGAGCGGCGCCGGCAUGGCCAUCGAAGACGCCUCCGUGCUGGGCCUCUGCCUCGCGCGCAUCUCCUCCGCCUCGACGCGCCAAGAGAAACUGCACGCCCUGCGCGUGUACGAGAUGUGCCGCAAACCGCGCACCCAGCGCGUCGUCGAGAAGGCGUACGAGAGCCAGUACCUGUAUCACCUCCCGGACGGGCCGGAGCAGAGGGAGCGGGACCGCAAGAUGAAGGCCUUUGAACACGCGUACCGCACGCAAGGGAAUGGAUCGAUACCCCAGGGCCUGAAGCAGGGGGACGACCCGUUCGCCUGGAGGAGCGGCGGCGUCGGGAAGUGGCUGUUCGAGUAUGACUGCGAACUGGACGUCGAGAGAUGUUGGGCACUCCUGCAGGUGGAGGAGGAUGCCGCCGUGAGGCUGACUGCGCGCCUGGACUCGAAGAAGCUCGCCUUGGGUCUGGCGGCGACAGCAAGAUUGUGA